UUUUUUUUAUUUUUAUUUUUUUUUCAAUUACAAUUAUAACGAACCUGAUCUAAUGCAAUGGAAUCUGGAUUAUUUAUUAUGUGCACACGGCGAACAUUUGAUCCAACAACUUCAUAUACUAUAUGGAAAUGGAACUCAUUUGGAUGACAUCUUAAACCAUGGAUAUUAUGAUUUCUCUGACAUCAUGGAUUUAUGGAUUUCUAUACGACAAUAACAAAAAAAUCACAUCUACCAACAUGAAUCUAAAAACAUUAAUCAACCAUCAUUGGGGAAAUAACAGAACAAUAUGGCCAGCCACAAGAUUGCCAAGAACGGCCCUGCUGAUGAGAUCGAGCUCUCUGUUGCUCAAGCUCUCUUUGACUUGGAGAACAACGUCGCUGACUUGAAGAAGGAUCUCAAGCCUCUUCAGAUCGCCAGUGCCAAGGAGGUCGAGACCGGUAACGGUAAGAAGGCUAUCGUUGUCUUCGUCCCCGUUCCCCAGUUGAAGGCUUUCCACAAGGUCCAGCAGAGACUCACUCGCGAGCUCGAGAAGAAGUUCUCUGAUCGCCACGUCGUCUUUGUUGCCCAGCGCCGCAUCAUGGCCAAGCCUACCCGCAAAUCCCGUGCCAAGCAGCAGCGCCCCCGCUCCCGCACCCUCACCUCUGUCCACGAGAAGUUGUUGGAGGACUUGGUUUACCCCACCGAGAUCACCGGCAAGCGCACUCGUGUCCAGACUGACCAGCGCCGCAUCAUCAAGGCCUUCCUUGAUCCCAAGGAUUCGACCUCUUUGGAGUACAAGCUCGACACCUUCAGCGCUAUUUACAAACGCUUGACCGGAAAGGAGGUCGUCUUUGAGUUCCCCGCUCACCACGCCGAGUAAAUACAAAAAAAAAAAACACAAAGCGCGCGGGAGGAAAGGCCAUGGGCCAUUUUAAUGGCAGUCAUUUUUCUCUCAAUCUCUUUUCACUCCGUUUGAGAAAGUCAGAAAAU